GUUUCUUUUUAGAGGUCUAGGCAUUUCCCGAUAGAGAGAGGGGAGAUAAUGCCAACGGAUUUUAGCCCUGCGUGACAGUAAUUGAUGAUCGGAAUGGAUGCCGUCAGGGAGAAAUUUUCCAUGGACCGCCCAGAUUGGAGGCCUGUCAGUUCUAGUUCAAAGGGAAGUAGAGUCCCAUCCUUUCUACAUGCUGAUCUGGUCGACUUCUGCCUCCUUUAACUUGCCUUUUCUUUACCUAUCGUCUUACCAACGCAUGUUCUCUUCGUUUCUACAACCCCAUUUGGUCAGUUGAUUUGAUCAACAAAUACUCGUCGACCGAGAUAACAGGCCCUUUUCUAUUGAUUACACUUUCUCCCCUUGCCGAUACAUGCCCGAGACGCCAUAAGGUUGGAUUAGAUCGAAUCAGAUCCCUCAGCCAAGCCCAGAUCUAUUGCCCAUACUGUACAAAGUGAGCCAAAGUGAAAAAACACUGCCUCAGCCAAGAUGUCGGAUCGGGAAUCGGGAAAACCUUCCAGCUCAGCCCCGGUCUCCUUACCUGAGAAUGGAGCUGGAGCAACCGUGGGUUCAUCAGCCCAACCCGCCACCAACAUAGAGUCGUCGGCGGUCAGGGAGAAGAAGGAGUUAGCCACGGCCGACACAUCGUCAGUGGAAGCCUCGGAAGUCCAGAACGCCACGCGCGCCGAGACGUCGGGCAUCUCUGCCGACCCGUUGAACUUUGGUCAACACCGUCGUGCAAAUGUUUCGAAAAAGCAGAUGAAGAUUGACCACCCCAAGGGCAACAAGAAGAAACUCAAAAAGUUCUACACCCGGCAAAACCAGCUUAUUGACCAGUUCCUAGGAGUGGAUGAUGAAGAGCAGAACGCCAUCGAAGAGGAUGCCCGUGUGGCACCCAAGAUCAAGUUCGCUGUCAAUGCCUCGUUCGUAGUCAACUUUUGUCUCUUUAUCAUCCAGCUCUAUGCUGCCAUCUCUACUGGAUCAUUGGCUCUUUUCGCGACGGCAGCUGAUGCAUUCAUGGACCUUGUGUCUUCAUUCGUUAUGCUUGUGACCUCGAGGAUGGCUGCAAGGCCGAGCAUUUACAAGUACCCUGUGGGUCGCACACGCAUCGAGACGAUUGGAGUUAUCCUAUUCUGCGCACUGAUGACAACAGUCGCAAUCCAGCUUCUGGUCGAGUCGGGUCGCAACCUAGGUGCAGGCGGACACGAGAGCGGCGAGCUUCACAUAAUUCCCAUCGUCUUCGUCGGCGUCGCCAUUUUUGCCAAGGGCAGCUUGAUGGUCUUUUGCUUGUUCUACAGAAAGUAUCCUUCUGUCCACGUCUUCUACAUUGAUCACCGCAAUGACAUCGCAGUCAACUCGUUUGGUCUGAUCAUGGCCGUCGCUGGAGAGAAGUUUGUCUGGUACCUUGACCCCAUCGGUGCCAUCCUCAUCGCUCUUAUCAUCCUCUUUUCGUGGGUGACCAACGCCUUUGAGCAGGUGUGGCUCCUGGUUGGCAAGUCGGCUCCUCGCGAGUUUAUCUCCAAGCUCAUUUACAUGGCCAUGACGCACGACGAGCAAAUCCUCAAGGUUGACACUUGUCGUGCGUACCAUGCCGGUCAGCGCUACUAUGUCGAGGUUGAUGUUGUCAUGGACGACGAGACGCCCCUGAGGAUAUCGCAUGAUGUGGCUCAGUCACUUCAGCGCAAGAUGGAAGGACUAGGUGAUGUCGAGCGUGCGUUUGUACACGUCGACUACGAGCAUGAACACGAUGUCCACGAGGAGCACAAACCCCUUUAUGUGAGGGAGCCUAAGACAAAGAGGACAUGGAAGGAAAUUUUCACUGGCGCCAAGAAGAAGGUUCAGGGUGAGAACCCCGACAGCCAGGUCGCCUAAGUUGUAUAGUAUAGCAAUGGUGGCUCUGUUCCGAGGUGCAUUUGGGCGCAAGGGUGUUGCUGGUGAAAUACGAAUGGGGAAAUAUCCUGGAGAGUGUUUUGAUUUGGUUUAUUACAUGUUUGGUCGGAACUGGUUGGGCCCGGGUACAAAAAUGGGGUCUUUUUGGCUUGUGUAGUAUUUCGGUUCUAUAUAUUUUCGGGGAAAGGUUCUACAAGCGAUCUUUCGCAUCUUUUAUUUCUAAUUGAUAUACCUCUUUUUUAUUCCUCACUUUCUUUGCUUGACAGUUGAAAAAAAAAUAAAGAAAGACAGAAAUAAAUCUUCAC